AUGAAGUCUUUUACUCGUCAUGCGAAGCUGGGUAGCUUUCAUCAAUUACUGCGCAUCGGAACUUCAUCACCACUCACAACCAUCACACAAAGAUCUACUCAGCAUGUCAUAAACACCACAAGAACAGUCAAUUCAUGGAACCAAACUCGCUCAUAUCCUGGCACACGGUCACCUGUGAGAGGCCCUCCUAGAGCACCGAAAGUACUCCCAUCCAAGAAGCUUGAUCGCUAUAAGAUCAGUCAGCUUUCACCAAGGGACUUUGAGCAGGCUAUGCGAGCUACUGGGGGUGAAGUCGGCACCCUUACACCAGAAGAAUAUUACGAAUGGGCGAAGAAGUUUGCAGAUGCUAUCCAUAGGGGACCUCGUGGUGUCAGCCUCGCCGCGAACGGUAUCCCCGCCAAGAUUGCACAUGAGAUGGCAUGCUUGCUACGAAUAGUCGCAAGCUCCAGUGCGCAACGUCAACUCGCGACUUCAUUGUGGAAAUCUGCAUCGGAGGCAAACUACAAUCCAUCUACCGUCUCCCUAGCGAGAGACAUUCUGUUGCAUGGAAAUUGGGGAGAGUCGGAAGUGUGGAAAGAUAUUGAGAACCGCUUCGUGAAACUUGUAGCUGAAGGCAAAGACUGCAAUGCCCUCACCGCCUAUGGGGAGAGUCUGUUCAAUGCUGGAAAAUACGAUGAGGCCGUAGAAACGUUGAAGCAGGCCGUCAGUGUCGACGAUGGAAUUUUUGGGUGGAAGCGUACGUGCCUGACAUGCCUGGCAAAGUCAUAUGCCAUGAUUGGCAAAGUGAGCGAGGCGAAGGAGACACUCAAGACGUUGGGCGAUACGGAUGCAGAUGCUGAGAUUGAUCAGUUUCUUAAUACUAGUGACGCGGAGCGGGCACGGCAACAGAUGUACUCCGCCGCGCUCAUGGGCAGAACGGAUAUGUAUCGACAGCUUGCUGAGUUCGAGUUCGAGAGAGCGGCUAAUGAGACGGAUAAGGAGUCGAAGAAGAACCAACAUCUUUGGGGUAUGGAGUGGUCGAGAUUGGCAGAUCCUGGUGCCAAGUUCUGA